AUUAGCGGUAGUAUAAAGUGGGUUGAUGGGUGGUUGACAGUCUGUAUUGGUAGUCGGACCAGAAAAUGAGGCUUUGUGUGAUACUGGGCACGGGGCUGAUAUUGUCGGUGAUCUUUGCCGGCGCAGCCCCCACUGACGAAGUGCCAUCAGAAGAUUGCGAUAGCCCAGCACCAGAAGUUCACUAUAGGCAGGAGACGCUGGAUACAGUAAGCAAGAGUUCGUCCAAAGACACAUCAAAUACCAAGACCAAAACGAAAGAGAAGGUAAAAGUGAAGCACCUCAAAGGCGGUCUAACAAAGACCAUUAUAGUGGACAACACCAGUAUCAAAACUAAGAAGUCUUCUGUAGAAGACGACUACAACCAGACGAACCAUACUCUGAAUGUAGACGGGGUUGAAGACGCUGACAGUCUGACUAACAAGCAUAAGCAUGUGAUGAAGGAGACGGAUUCUCUGAAGGAUAAAAAGACCCACAUCAUUAUAACAGACAAAAACGGCAACAUAGUAUCGGACACAACGAACGAGAAAAAGAAGGAGAAGAAAAAAAAGAAGGAGAAAGACCGUUCCUCGUCCAAGCUGGUGCACACCAAGAAGAAUGUUGGUAUCCCAAAAGAUUGCGAGUCCCCGCCCGUCGAACCUGCGCCGGCGCCAGACUGCUGAGUUCUGACAAUAAACUAGCUUUCUAGUG